AUGGAAUUAGGUAAUUCAAUGGAUGAACCUGAUGAUGACGAUGAUGAUGAUGAUGAUGAUGCUGAAGAGGAAUUUCCACCAUUACCAUCUGAUAUUGAUAUACCAUCACACACAAAUACACCUGAUCCUUAUGAUAAUAGAUAUUAUACUGUUAACUAUUCUUAUUGUUCCUCUCCUCCGCUCCCUCCACCACCACCACCACCACAACUUCCACCAACAUCAACAGCUACAAUGACACGAAUAUAUGCUAAUGCUCGUACAAUUUCUUCUAUUCGAAGCCACGAUACUAUAAAUCAACCGACAAUAGGAUUUGCUACUCAACACAAGAAAAAAGCUCGAGCACCAAUUGCUUACCCAUUUGAAAGCGUUUAUGUUAAUAUGCCUAUAUCACCACCAUUACCAUCGCCACCAUCACCACCGCCGUCGACUCCACCAAAAAUACCUGUAAAUAUACCCGAUGAAGUUUUAUAUGCAACAUUGAUGAAUACAACAUCAUUAGUAACAUCACUUUGUUCGGAUACUGAAAUAAAUCAUGUUGAAUAUCAACAAGUUCAACAUAAAUCUGAUGACAAAGGUCAUAAACGAAUCUAUGAAAAUAUUAAAUCUCGUAGACCACCUCCUCCUCCAUGCUAUUCACAAACAAACACUUUACGAAGACGAAUGUCAUUAUGCCCAGUAAUUCCUGUUGAUGUUGACAUCUCAUUAGCACAACCAAAUAUAAACAAUAAUGAUAUAAUUAUAUCACCUGCAGAACAUACUUAUAUUAAUUUAGAAUGCAAUGAAGAUAUACCACCAAUAAUUCCAAAACGAACGUGUAAAUCAAUUGUAAAUACUGUUCAAAUAUCAUCAUCACCAUCACCACCUAUAGUACCACCAAGAAAAGAACAAAAACAGGAUGUUCGUUGUUCAUCUUCAAAUUUAACAACGACUCUUCUCGAAACGGAACAACAAGAUGAAGACAUAAAUGGUCUUGAGACUAGUUCAAAUGCUAGUACUGUUCAAACAGUAAAAGAACGUGAAAUAAAUAUAGGUUCUACUAAUGGUGAUAAAGGUGAUCAAUAUCGUACAAAAAUAUCUGCAACUACUGUAGAAAAUCGUCCCUCAUCUAUGAAUACACGUCAACGACGCACAUUACAUAGUAUUCGACGACGUCGUUUACGUGGUUCUAUAGCUGUACGUGGUAGUAUAAGAGGAUUGACAAAUCUUAGUACAAAUCGACAACAACAACCACAACAACAACAGCAACAACAACAACGUUCAAAUUUGAAUAUUACAGUUCGUCAUCCAAUGAUUACAAAUGAUCGAUGGCGACGUACACUACGUAAGCGACGACGGCAACGUGUCAUACAAAUGAAAUUAGAUGGAAAUGUAUCACAUCCAAGAAUGAAAUCAGUCAGACCUGUAUCUGAUCAUACUUAUAAUGAAAUAAAACAACCAAUUCUAUCAAAUAAUUUAAUACGUACUAAUGGACAUAAUGGAGCAGCGGGUGGUGUACUUGAACGUGCUAUGCAAUUUAAUGGAGCAUUAAGAGAUCGAGUUUUCUCAUGGUAUCGAGGAGCAAAUCAUAAUGAUCGUGAACAACAACAACAACAACAACCGCAACCGGAUCAACAACAAAUAGUAGAACCACAAGCUUUUUCAACAUCAGAUAAUGGAGAAUCAGAUCAAAAAGAUACACGUACAAAUGAAGAUGAAGAGGAAGAGGAAGAAGAAGAAGAAGGAGGAGAAGAAGAAGAAGAAUUUUUUACUCAUGAUACAUUUGAAGAUUUUCUUUUAAGACGCCGUCCAAAAUCAUCAACUUCUACUACUCCUAGUGGUAGUAGUACUGUUGUCUCACAUAUUGAUCCUAUUCCUCAACGAGUACCUGUUCGAACACCACCCAAACAAAAAAUUCAUGCUCCUCGUCCUCCACCACCUCCUCCACCUUUACCACCAACUCCACCACCCACUCGUCGUAUUCCUGGUUUAGCAUUAAGUUUAGAUAAAACAGACGUUGAUUUUAUUCAUAAUAUUCUUCAACGUACACGUGGUGAUCAUCGAGUAUGGAAUCGAAUAACCGCAUUGAAAGAAGCUUAUAUAAGAGCAACAAGUAAAAAACAUGAUUUACCGAAAAAACCCAAACCAAUUCAAACUCAAAUGGAUGAAAAGAAAAAAAAGAAAGCUAUGGCAAUGAAACAUUCCUUAGCAGCAACUAAAAUUCGUGCUGAACUUGAAAAAUAUGAUGAAUUACCAGCUAGUUCAGCAACGAUUAUUGACGAAGAUGAUUAUGAUGAAACAUGUUCAGCUAAUGAUCAUCAUAAGAUUAAUUAUCAUCCACAUCAUCGUUCAGUACCUUCUUUACUUCCUACACCUUCAACAACACAUCGAAUUGUAAAUUUUGUUACAUCAAUAAAACGACGUGCUCAAAAUAAUGUUCAACAAUUACAAAAAAAUCUUCAUGAUAUUCGUUCUCGUGUUCAUACAGAAUCAAUGGCAAUGUCUCCAAAUCAUAUUGGCCUAAGUCGUCAUACAUCAAUAACAUCUCGAAAAAAACAAAUAUUUAAAGAUAUGUCUAAUACACCUCGAAUGCAUCAAUCACGAAUGGACAUAACACCAAAUGAAAAUACAUUAGUUCGCCGUACAAACAGUCAUCGUUCAGCUACUUCAACAGAACAUUCGAAUGCCUUUCAUCGUCAUCAAUUACAUCGUACACAAUCUAAUGUAUCUCAAUUACCACAACAGCAGCAACAUACGCAUCGUCAACAGCGUCGUAUAACAAAUGAGAAAUCAGCAGUUGUCGUUGAUCGAUCAGCUAGUUUAACAAAUCGUCCACCUCCAUUCGAACGACGAUCAUCACGUCAAAUACAAAAUGGAAUGACUCCUCGUCAACAACGUGUAAAAAUAUCUAGUUAA